UGCUUCGUGGGCACCCUCCCCCCCCGCGUCCUGCGGGCGGUGCUGGUGCGGGAGCAUGAAGGUGAAGGUGAUUUCCGUCCUGGAGGACAACUACAUGUACCUGGUCAUCGAGGAGAGCACCCGCGAUGCCAUCGCCGUGGAUGCUGCUGUGCCCAAAAGGUUGCUGGAAAUCAUCAGGAAGGAGGAUGUGGUGCUCAGAGCCAUCCUCACCACCCAUCACCACUGGGACCAUGCAAAGGGCAACGAGGAGCUAGCGAGGCUCUGCCCUGGCCUGCGCGUGUACGGUGCUGAUGAGCGGAUCGGGGCCCUGACGCACAAGGUGACCCACGAGCAGGAGCUGAUGUUUGGGGCCAUCCGGGUGAGGUGCCUCUUCACCCCCUGCCACACCUCAGGCCACGUGUGCUACUUCAUGUGGGAGGAUGGCUCUCCUGAUGCUCCAGCUCUAUUCUCAGGUGACACCCUGUUUGUGGGAGGCUGCGGGAAGUUCUUUGAGGGCACAGCAGAGCAGAUGUACACCAACCUCACCCAAAUCCUGGGGGUUCUGCCAGAGGAGACGAAGGUGUUCUGUGGCCAUGAAUACACCGUCCGGAACCUCAAGUUCGCCUUGAAAGUGGAACCAGAGAAUGAAAUAGUGAAGAAGAAGCUCGCAUGGGCCAAACAGCGGGAUGAUGAGGACUUGCCCACGGUGCCCUCCACGCUGCAGGAGGAGUUCCUCUACAACCCCUUCCUGCGGGUCACGGAAGAGGCUGUGCAGAAGUUCACGGGCAAGACGGACCCAGUGGAGGUGCUGAGGACCCUCCGCACCGAGAAGGACAACUUCAAGAAGCCCAAGGAGCGGCCCAACCCUCAGGCCAUGCUGGCGUUUGACUGGGGACUCUUCAGCCCCUUCCUGGAGAAGAAGUGAGCAGCUGUGGUACCACUGUCCCCAUCCUGGUGGGAGCUUCCCCUGGGCUGUGUCCCUCCGGCUCUCACUCCCAUCAGAUUCAGCACAUGGCAUAGGGAUGUGUAACACAACCACUGCCUUAUGGAAGCCAUCCAAACCACUGACCCUGUGCAAAGCAGCACCAGGUGGAGAUGAGGCCUGGAGGGAUGCGUGCUCCAACCCACUGGCUUCAGAAAACACUUCUCAAGGCAGGACAGCAUUCAGGCAGCAAACACCAAGGUGCUGCUCCCCAUCCAUUGCUGCUUCCCCCUCCAGGAUGAAAGCCUGGGAAGCUCUUGGCUGAAAGCUGCAUUUAUGUGGCCUUCUAUUCAGAACAAGAGCUGAGGAGCAGUGGGGUCCCUUGAGCCUCUUCACUUUGCAGCCUCUUCCUUCAGGUUGUGCAGAACCUACUGUGUUUUGGGUUUUAAGUGUGAGUGAUGUGCAGAGCUUGGUUUUAUGCAGGUGGUGGGAGGUGCAUUAUAAAGUAGUUUUAUUUUUGG